ACCUGAUCUCAGACCAACUGAUAACCGAGGCUGUCCCAGUUCCUUGCCGAGGGUUCGGGCGAGCGGGUGCACCGGUUGGCGCUAACGAAAUCCAUCACAGUCAUGACCUCGAUUGUAAAGACGUGGGGCUUCCUGAUCUAUUUAACACUGGCGAUUGCGGCCGUGCUGUUCAUCGCCCACAAGAAAUCGACGGAGCCUAAAUUACACAGGAAAACGUAUAGCCUCGCAGAUCGAAAGAGAUUGCCGAAGUGCCCCCUCCUCCCGCCGGGCUUAAUCGGCAGAACACCCGUGACCGAAGGAAUGACCGAAGCCGACGUCGAGAGGAACCUAACGGACGUGCGCCUGGGGGGGAGGUGGUGGCCAACGCACUGCAGCGCCAUCUGGAGUGUGGCCAUUAUCGUGCCUUAUCGGGACCGAGAACUGAUGAUGGGUCCGUUCCUUAACAACAUCCACCCAAUUCUUCAGCGCCAAUUGGUCAACUACACCAUCUACAUCGUUGAACAAAUACCGGGGAAACGCUUCAACAAGGCGAAGGUGUUCAACGUGGGCUUCGCUCUCGCCCUCAAGUACGGCCCCCACGACUGCUACGCCUUCCAGGACAUCGACUGCCUGUCUGAGGACGACCGCAACUUUUACUACUGCGCCGACCAGCCGCGCCACCUCGGGUCUUCAGUCUCCAGGUUUAAUUAUACCGUCUUCGCCCAGCACAUCGGCUGCUCGUGCCUCAUGACGGAGUGGCAGGUGCGGAAGGUCAACGGCUGGAGCAACCGGUACUACGGCUGGGGGGCUGAAGACGACGACAUGUACCGACGAGUAAGGGCCGAAGGAAUGGAGCUUUGGCGGUUUCCCAAGCAUUCAGCCGCCUACACGACGCUUGAACACCCUCAGGCUGCGGAGAACCCUGACAGGUUCGAACUCCUCAAGAGAUCUGUUCGGAACUAUAAGAAGGACGGCCUCAGUUCCCUCGAAUACACACUUGUCAAUAUAGAGAAGAAGCCACUGUACACUAAAUACCACGUCGAUGUAUAGUGUAGAACAGAA